UGCCCGCCAUAGUUGGGCAAAGCCACUGAGCUAGCAAUCCUUACAGUGAAGAACACACUGAGCCAAAGUACGUAGCUAGAUAAGUUUGCGAGCCAUGGCUUCCAACUCCACCUGUAGGGCAUGGCAUUGCUUGCUUGCCCUCUUCCUCCUCGCCUCGGCCGCGUAUGGGCAGCUCUCACCGUCGUUCUAUGCGAGGAGCUGCCCGACGUUGCAGCUGAUCGUGCGCGCCACCAUGAUCAAGGCGCUCCUCGUUGAGCGCCGAAUGGGCGCGUCCCUCCUCAGGCUCCACUUCCAUGACUGCUUUGUUCAAGGCUGUGACGGGUCCAUUCUCUUGGAUGACGUGGGUAGCUUCGUGGGCGAGAAGACGGCCGCCCCGAACAAUAACUCGGUGCGGGGCUACGAGGUGAUCGACGAGAUCAAGCGGAACGUGGAGCUGCUCUGCCCUGGCGUCGUCUCCUGCGCGGACAUCGCUGCUCUCGCAGCACGGGACGGCACGUUUCUGCUAGGGGGGCCCAGCUGGGCGGUGCCGCUCGGCCGGCGCGACUCAACGACGGCCAGCCUGACCGAGGCGAACGCCGACCUCCCAGCUCCCUUCUUAACCCUGGACGGGCUCGUCAUGGCGUUCGACAAGAAGAAGCUAAACCCGCGUGACCUCACGGCGUUAUCCGGCGCGCACACUAUCGGCUUCUCUCAGUGCCUCAACUUCCGCGACCACAUCUACAACGGCACCAACAUCGACCCGGCAUUCGCCACACUGCGCAAGCGUACCUGCCCCGCCCAGCCCCCCAACGGCGACAUGAACCUGGCGCCGUUCGACGUGCAGACGCAGCUCGUCUUCGACAACGCCUACUACCGCAACCUGGUCGCCAAGCGCGGCUUGCUGAACUCCGACCAGGUGCUCUUCAACGGCGGCUCACAGGACGCGCUGGUGCGCCAGUAUAUCGCCAACCCGGCGCUCUUCGCCUCCGACUUUGUGACGGCGAUGAUCAAGAUGGGGAACAUCACACCGCUGACUGGAACCGCCGGCCAGAUUAGGCGCAACUGCAGGGUCGUCAACAGCUGAUUCGUCCAUCGUCUCGCCAUAUAUACGUGUUACAUAUGGGCGUAAAAUGAGUGCGUAAAGUUAGGUUGGUUACGUCUACGUAGUAAUCACCUAGCAUGCAUGGCAGAAUAAGCGGCAAUGCUACACGUACAAACAAUUUACAGGCUUUUACAGGAUGGUUGACCUUGAUUGGUCAAUAGGUGAGCGGGGCGGCCCACCCCCCUGAAAAUUAGGUGGGAGAGAUUUGUGAUUGGUUGUUAGAUGGAACGAGCGUGUAAAAGCGUGUAAGUCUUUGUAUGUCUAGCAUUUUUGCAGAAUAAGAGCCGUUUGGUUCAGAUAAUGCC